AUGCCUCGCGCCGUUGCCAAAGUGGGCGACCACAUCAUCGCAGAGACGGAUACAUGGGAGGUCGUUGAAGGGAACAUCUACUUUCCGCCGUCUGCGAUCAAAGACAAGUCGCUUCUGAAAGACUCCGAUUUGUCGACCUUAUGUCCGUGGAAGGGGCAUGCGUCGUACUGGAGUAUUGUGGUUGAUGGCCAGACGCUUGAGAACGCAGCCUGGUACUACAAGGAGACGUAUGACGCUGCUAAGAAUAUCGAGGGUUAUGUUGCCUUCUAUAAGAACAAGGUUGAUAUCGUGGAGGAAUAG